ACUCAGUCAGUUGACAAGCAGUACAAGUGCGUGUAGUGUUGUUAGCGUGCCGCUUAGCCGAGCCCGGAACCACGGAUCAGCAGUUAGCCCGCUGCGCCGACUUCUCAAUUCGCUGCCUGAAUCCACUAUGAAAUGAGUAGUUGUCUGUCAUGCCUCUUCAAAUACGUCGUCUUCUUUUUCAAUUAUAUCCUCCUGUUAAUAGGAAUCACAGUCCUUCUCAUAUCAGUAUGGCUCAAAGGACCGGUCGAAUACUAUAACACUUGGAUAAGCGGUGAAGUGAGCAUCGGUCAGAUCGUGUUGGCGUCGUUUUGUGUCGGCGUCAUUUUAGUCUCAUUCUGCGGAUGCUUCGGCUCCUUGAAAGAAAACAGAUGUCUCAUAAUACUGUAUGGGAUAUCCAUGUUCCUGCUGCUGGUGAGCGAGAUCGCCGGGUUCGGCUACAGCUACUGGAACCGAGCUGACAUCGAGCUGGCCACCAAGCAGGAAGUCAGGAGACUCUUCGAUACCUACUACGUCGAGCCCACCACCAAAAACGAAGCUAUUCACAUGGUUGACUUCCUUCAAUCUCAGUUGAGAUGCUGCGGAUUUGAAGGGAUUGACUAUUGGAAGGAUCUCAAAGCGGACCAACAGCAAAGCCAACUGCCCAUGUCAUGUUGCUCAAACAUGCGAGCAAGGGAUUACAAGAUUUGCACGGAGAGUGAGGCCUACAGGGACGGAUGCUGGCAGAAACUACAGAGAAAGUGGAUGAGAGAGUAUCCCAACGUUCAGAUCGGUAUUGGAGUUGUGAUUCUUAUAGAGCUUCUCGCGUUGGUUCUCUCUGUUUACUUGGCUAAGGCACAUGCUAGGAAGUCACAAAAAUACGCUGACGACUCGGACACAAAUUAUUACUGAGACGAUGCAAAGAAAAUAUUGACCUAAUUUUUUUUUUUUUUCUCAUCAUUAUGAUUAUUAUAAGUACAUUUUCCUUAAUUUAUUGUUAAUUCUGUGUACAAUGUUCCAUGUUUAUAGGCAUAAGAAAUUAAAAUACUGAUUACUCUAA